AGCUUGGGGUCAUUGGACAAAAUUCUACGUGCGCACGGACCAGGCUUUCCAUAUUCACAAAUAUUGUUUUGCCUAAAACUUCAACACAAAAAUAUCCGCCAGGUGUCGCGACGUACGCCGCAGCGGUCCUAUUCCGCCUGUCAGAGGACAAGCCUCACGACUACAAGAAGAGACUGUCGAUGGAGCUGACCAACUCUCUGUUCCGCGAGGACCCUCAGAUGUGGCCCAACGACCUGGCCAUGCAGCCUGACUUACAGGACAUGCUCGGGCCCGAGCAAGGUUACGAGGGUCUGUACGGCACGCGCCCUUCGUUUCAUCAACAAGGCUACGAUCAAAUACCGAUAGACUCGAUGCAGGGCCUGGAAAUCGGCAGCGGGUUCGGCAUGGAAAUGGACAUCGGCGAGGCGGACGCGGGCGGAGCCUCCGCGGAGCUCGCCUUCCCGGAGCCUCCGCACGACAACAACAACGUGGCGGCCUGGUACGAUACCGACCUGUGAGCGUGCGCGCCGAAAUUGUUGUGUUUGAGGUUGGGUGAUAGAUUUCUAAGGGGUACUACUAGAGUUGUUCAGAAUAGGAAAUUGUGAAUGAAAUACUUUUUGUGAGCUGACAAGAGGGAUUUAAAAGCGAUGUGGAGGGCCCGUGCGGAACUUCCGCACCGCCCUAAAAACGGCUACAGUUGAACAAAGAUAAGCUAUGAAUGAAUUUAUGUCAAAGCUACUAAAUAU